GUUUAGCACUAGAGUCGUCAGUAGAGUUUCAGUUUUUCAGUUAUCUAAAAUUUUUUUUAGUAAGGAAAGUGUAUAACUGGGCAAUAAAAAAUGUCGACGGACAAACAACUUAUUACCCCACUAAGGGAAGCAAGGCGAUUUAUGAUAGACUGUUUCAAAGCAGUGGGAGCCAAUCAAGCCCAUGCUGAAAUAGUAGCAGAUAGUUUGCUGGAAGCUGAUUACAGAGGGCACUAUACCCAUGGAAUGAAUAGAUUAGAAACGUACAUUAAUUCUUUACAACACGGACUUGUAUAUCCCAAUGCCGUGCCUACACUAGAACAAGAAACGGUGGCCACUGCUGUGGUCAAUGGUAAUAAUGGCUUUGGUGCUGUUGUUGGACACUACUGUAUGAAUUUAGCUAUAGAAAAAGCCAAAAACACUGGAAUAGGAUUAGUAGUGUGUCAUGAUUCAAAUCAUUAUGGAAUAGCUGGAAUUUAUGUUCUGCAAGCCAUUAAAAGAGGACUCAUAGGAUUUAGUACAACUAACUCCAAAUGUCUUCUCGUUCCAACUAGAGCAAAAAAGUCAGCCUUGGGAACAAAUCCAAUAGGAUUCGGAGUCCCUGCAAAUGAUGGGGAUAGCUUUGUUCUAGAUAUGGCAACGACCGUUUGUUCUUUAGGAAAGAUUGAAAUACAACGUAGAAAGGGGGAACCAAUUCCACCAGGAUGGGCUUUAAAUAAAGAAGGCAAAAGUGAGACAGACCCCAAUAUCGCCAUUCGGGAUAAAUUGUUGCUUCCUCUUGGAGGAGAAGAAAUUACCGCUGGAUAUAAAGGAUAUGGUUUGGCUGUAUUCGUGGACAUAUUAUCUGGAAUUUUAUCAGGAUCAAAUUAUGGUCCAUACGUACCCAAUUCUGGCACAGUAGCAAAUGUAGGACAUGCUUUCAUAGCCAUAGAUCCAAAAGUAUUCGUACCUGGAGUAGAAAAUAGAAUGAGUGACUUGAUGAAUUACUUAAGAAAUAUGGAAUCUGUAGAUCCAAAUCUACCAGUGUUAGUGGCUGGUGAUCCUUCGAGGCAGAAUAUGGAAAAAGUUCAAAUGGAUGGAGGUUUAUCCUAUGUCCAAGAUCAACAUGAUACGUGUAAGAAGCUUGCUGAAAGGCUAGAUGUUCCACCAAUGAAAUCGUUUUAAAUAAUAGGACAUACAUUUGACGUAAAUGUUAUUAAAUUGAUGCUUUAAAAGAUGUUACACCACAACUAAGCCGAUAAUAAAAUGCUUUCCUGUA